GAAACGAGGAAAAGAAAAGAGAAAAAAAAAGAAAAGAAAAAAGAAUUCGUUCGAACAGUAUAUAUUUUUACUCAUUGAUCAUGUGGCUGCCGGUGAUCUCAAUCCUUUGGGCGAUCGUUUAUCUGCUACGUCGUAAACCUAACGAAAUACUCAUAGAGGCAUCGCCGUUCUUAAAUGGCAAGGCAUCAUCUCAUCUUUUCAAUACUCGUGAGUCCGAGUACUUUACAACCCCGUACGAGACAGAAAGCUUUCUAAUGGGAUUCACGCAACGUGGUACAAGAAAGAGCGAAGAGGCCCAUAGGGCGUUGGAGCUCCUCGAGGAUUAUCACGCGAAGCUGACGAGGCCUCAGGAUAAAGCAUUGCGAUUGGCCAUCGAACGUGUCAUCCGAAUCUUCAAAAGCAGACUCUUCCAGGCUCUCUUAGGUGAGUAAAACGUCACACUUAUAGUUUUCACAUUGGAAAUGUGACUUAAGAUGCAAAUGAAGUUUUAUUUUCCUGUGUGUUAUCACGUACGAUUUUGUAAGAGUCUGACGAUAAUGAAAGCCACCAUGUAAGUAUAUAUAUAUAUAUAUAUAAUUUAUCUAUAUAUAGACAUGACAUUAUUUUUGAACUCACAUCUUAAUUCGAACGAUUGAUCAAUUAGAAUCGCUCGCUCGAUCUGUCAGGAAAAAAAAAAAAAAAAAAAAAAACGAAAAAAAAACCGAAUGAUUUCAGAGACAAUAUUUUACGACUGUAGUCAUUUACUAAUAUACAUGCGUAUUCCGAAUAAAUUUUUCAUCCGCAUUUAUCGAAACGACCGAAACGUUUAAUAUUUAAUUUUCUCUCAUCAGAGAGAAAAGAAAAAUACUUCGUCAUCCUUCCAUAACUUCAUUAUUCCGCAUAGAUUUUUAAAGAUUUAAAUAAAUCGUUUUUGAUUGACGUUUAUG